UCUCCCAUUUAUUGUCUUUUUGUGCCAAAAUGAAAACUUGUUAAGUAAGGUUCAAAACACACACACUCUCUCACACAACGUCACUACCAUUCUCAUUUGCCAUUUCUGGUAUCUGAUUAUUUUUUAGGGUUUCUCUCUCACUGUGUUCACUCUCUCACCGACAAUGCACCGAAGAAGCAGAGAUCGUCAUGCUUUCAGUCACAAGGUUGCGCCUUGUGAUGUGUGUGGUGCUAUUGGUUUUGGUGAAAUCAUUGUAACUUGCUCUCAAUGCAAAGUAACUCGCGAACAUCUUUACUGCAUGCGAAAUAAUCUCAUGGAGGUUCCAGAAUUCUGGCUUUGUGAAAUAUGUGAAUCAAAAAAUGGUUCAACUUCAUCAUGUCAAGUGCAACAGGAUUCUGGUUUGCCGGCUUCCAGAAGGCAACACUUUGUUAGAAAAGGCCCAUUAGGGAAAGUGAAGUACCUUGACGUGGAUGAAGUCGUUAAACUUUCUAGUGGUAGUUUGUCCAUGAAACCUACUUCAUCAAGGUCUAGUUUGCCAAUGAGCAGGAUGGCUAGUCCAGGAAGCUCUGAUUUCCGGAUGACCCGAAGGGAUUUUGUUGCAUCAAAAAGUGUUAUUCCGAAGAAUCCCUCCCUGACUCGCAAACCAAAUCCUUGCAUAUCACCUAUGGCGCAUUCGAAGAUUCCAAGAAAUGGAGUUCAAAAAAAUCCAAUGACUAAUCAACGUGCUUCACCAUCAAUAGGACCAACAAAGGAGAAUAGAAUUGUACCUCAGCGACGAGCGAGUGCACCAAUACCUGAUAGAAAACUUCAACCACUUAAAGUUCAAACUCUUGAUCUUCAGAGAGAAAAGCCUACAAAAGGGGAACCUUGUAAAGAUUUGUCUGUCAAUAAAUCUUCACCUGCUGUUGUUCCAGAUGCUGUUGCUGAAUCAAACAUAUUUAAUACGGAAAAAAGCAAGAAUCAGAGUAUUUAUGAAGACGUCCACCGUGAUUUUAAAUAUUUGCCCUCAUCAAUUCAUGCUUGGAGUGGCAAAUUCCAAAUUCUUCAAAAAGAUGCAUCUGGUGAAUUUUAUGAUGGGUUUGAAGCCAAACCUCCAUGCAUUGUUCAUAGGAAGGCAUACCUAUUUUCGAAGAAAAUGCCCUCAGUCCUUCAGCUGGAAUCACUGUCUGCUUCAAAUGUAUUGACUGAUAUAUUCCAGAACUAUUCUCCCACUCUUCAAGAUAUAGCAUUGUAUUUCUUUCCAUCAGAAAACAAUGAAAGGUCCAGAAAGAACUUACAUAGGGUAUUGAAGUUUAUGAAUGAUGAAAAGUCAAUGAUGAGAAGUUUUAUUGAUGGAGCAGAGUUGUUGGUUUUUACUUCACAUCAACUUGACGAGAAUUCAAGGGGGACUGUUGCUGUCGUGCAUGAAGGACAUUUUCUGUGGGGAAUAUUUAGGUCAACUAAAUCUGAUACUGCUAACAAAGGAUUACCUGCUGAGACGGAUCCCGUUGAUGCUGAUGACGAUAUGGAUAUUGAUAUGGUGGGAGGAAAUGAUGUAGGAAGAAUUGAUAAUGUUGUUAAUGACAAUCUGAGGAGUCCCUCUCAGUUACCUUUUCAAGGAACAACUCUUGAGAGCACCAGUUCUAAGAAGGUAGAAGAAAAGAAAAUCAAACUUGAGGAUUAUUUUGAGCCAUCAUCAUUGAGCCCAGUCAUAAAGUAUCGUAAAGUGCACGACCUACUUGGUUUUCCACCAGGCUUUAAACCUCCUGGAUUUGAUGCUGGGAAACCUUCAAAUAUUAAGAGAUGAUACAACUUGAAUUAGACUAUAAUCAGGUGUUGAUAUAUAGAAACUACAGACAGAAACUGUAGUUAGCUUUUUGGUACAGAACUGAUUCAACUCAUUUUGCUCUCUUUUAGGUAGUACCUUUUGAACUAGUAACCAACCGUUCAUCACAACUAUUAGAAUUUGUACAAAGUAUCUGAUGAAAUUUUAUUUGUGCAAUGAUGAAGGUUUCCUAAGAGAAUAUUUCGGAUUCAUUAACUUGUGUCCUUAAUGUGGUUAACAUUCUCAGUAAGGAUUAAUUAUUAUUUUGGUCCUUAAUUA